UUUUUUAUGCAGAGAGAGAGAGAGAGAGGGAGCUGUUUUAUGAAAUCCAUAGAUUAUUCAGAGUAAAAUCUUAAGCAUAUAUACAAAUACCCACAUAAUAGUAUACUGUGGAAGACUAGCUAGAGAGAGCUUUGGUCAUAUUUAGAACAAGUAGUCUCUUCGAAGCGAGAGAGAGAGAGAGAGAGAGAGAGAGAGAGAGAGAUGGCGAGGACACCAUGUUGUGAGAAGAUGGGGAUGAAGAAAGGGCCAUGGACUCCAGAGGAAGACCAGAUCCUGAUCUCUCACAUCCACCAGUUUGGUCAUGGAAACUGGCGUGCACUUCCUAAACAAGCAGGUCUGUUGAGAUGUGGGAAGAGUUGCAGACUCCGGUGGAUAAACUACUUGCGACCCGACGUGAAACGAGGGAACUUCACCGACGACGAAAGAGACGCCAUCAUCCACCUUCAUCAAGUUCUCGGCAACAGAUGGUCGGCCAUAGCCUCGAGAUUACCGGGGCGAACGGACAAUGAAAUAAAGAACUUCUGGCACACCCACCUGAAGAAGCGGGUGCCACACAGCCUACCCAACUCAACUCCCUUCAACAUAAGCCCAACUCAUUGCACCACCACCCUCGAUCACUCACUCCAGAACCCAACCUCCGCGCUGCCGACGCUAAAGUUUCAGGAACCGUCGACGACAUCGUCAUCGGAGUCAGACCCCUCGAUAGUGGUUCAUGCGAACAUCGAAAGCAACUCUCAAACUGCACCAUCUUCUCGUGCCCAGAAGUUCGCGCAGACGAAAAAGAAUCUUGUUGUGGGUUCGGCCCUGGCUCUUCCGACAUCUCCCGACGAGACAGUGGACUUGCAAUGUUCGGGGCAGAGAGUUCUGAGCAUGAAGGGAGACAAGGACAUGGAGUUCUGGUACAGUCUUCUGGUGAGAGCAGAAGAUGGACCUCAGUUGGAGAACGCCGCCAGGACGCCAUAGGAAGAAGCCCUAGGAGUUCAAGAAUGACGAGCACCUUUCUUUUAUGGCCAUGUCGGAGAAGUGUUUUGCAUUGUGGUGUGGAACAAAAAGUGAUCUUUUUUUUCUAUCUUCCCAUCGAUUUUAUUUAUCAAAGUCUUCAGAAAACCAGACGGAUUAAGCUUGGCAUCAACAUCAAACUAGGACUUUUAGACAUUUGAUUA